AUACACCUUCACGGUGUUAAGUCAAAUCCAAACUAAGUAAUUUACAUUAAAAAUUGCAAAACAUCGGUUUCAAAACUUAAAAUAACUUCAAUUCAUUAUGGAGAACAAAGAGAACUCAUCAAAUAACAACUGGUUAACGUUGCUAAGGAAGAAAAUACAUAAGAAGUUCAAAAGAAAUAGCCAAAAAUUGGAAAACUCUGCGAGUUUAGAUAUUAUUGAUGAAGCACAACAAGAAACUUCAUCAACAUCGCCUGGUGAAAUGCACAACAACAUAGUUGAAAGUAAUCAAUGCACUCCAAUAACUGCUCAAGAUUGUGAAGAAAUGAAGAAAGAAUUGUUUAAAUUAUCAUGGUAUUGGCCAAAAUUGACAAUGAUUGAAGCUCAGAAGCUUUUAAGUCAACAGCCAAACGGAAGUUUUCUGGUCCGUGAUAGCUCAGAGAAAGAUUCAUUCACUUUGAGCUUCAGAACAAAUUCAAAAACAUUUCACUGCCGAAACCAAUGGUCACAAAUAUUAGCAUCAAAAAGCCAUACAAGUAGUCAUUCGCUCAUUGAUGUGAUUGAAGACACGAUAAAAAAAUCUCAAUCAAGUGUCGUGGGAUUCAUCAGAUGUGAUAGUAACGACGUUUCGUUUCCAACGUCUUACGCCGUUCGAUUAAUCUAUCCGAUAUGUCGGAAGAUAUCUGUGCCAUCUUUACAGAGUCUUUGUCUGUCGAAAAUCAAAAGUAAAGUUAAUCAAUCGAACAUAAAUAGUUUGCCAUUGCCUCCUAAAAUUAAAGAAUAUGUUCGUGAGAAUUAUAAUACUUUAUGAGCUCGUCUCCAAUUUCCUUUCUCUUUCUCACUCUUGAUAAAGUAUGAAGAAUUAAUUACUUUAUUAUCUUAUACCAUCAAAGGUAUAACUUUUGAUACCAAAGAUAUCAUUUUAAGAGGUCUACUCAGUAUUUUUACUAUUUCUAUUAAUAAUAAUUGUUUGAGAGAAAUUUCGUUGAAAUUAAAUUCAAUUUAAUGUUUUUUUAGACCGAAACUAUCAGAAGUUACUCAUUUCUCUCUUAUUGCAACUUUUGCAAUAAGAAGAAAGAAAAUUUAUCGCUUUUAAAAUUAUUUUAAAGUUAUCAGAAACAAUGAUGAAAGUUUUAUAUAAAUUCAUGCACUGUUGAUUUGUUAGGAAAAUCUUUCAAAGUUUAAGAAAAUAAAAUAUCUUCUCUCAUAAAAAUGUUAAAUUUUUCAUUACUAAAGUCACAGAAAUUGAAACAAAACCGAGAAAAUUCCUUUCCAUAAAUUCAUU